UUUUAAUUAAAGAUGCAUUCAGUAUCAAAGAACCUAUUCAAGAAAUCCAGAGGAAUUACUAAGCUAUCUCAAGCUUUCUUCGCUUCCAAAGACAUCAGAUUUGGAACUGAGGCCAGAGCUCUCAUGCUCCAAGGAGCUGAUGAUCUUGCCGAUGCUGUACAGGUUACUCUCGGUCCAAGAGGAAGAAACGUAAUCAUCGACUCGACCUUCGGAAAUCCAAAGAUUACAAAGGACGGUGUGACCGUUGCCAAAUCUAUUGAAUUUGCAGAUAGAUACCACAACAUGGGAGCAAGCCUUAUUAAGCAGGUAGCCAACCAAGCCAACGAUAAAGCAGGAGAUGGAACUACUACUGCCACUGUCUUAGCCAGAGCUAUCUACAAAGAAGGAUGCAAAUCUGUUGCUGCUGGCAUGAACCCAAUGGACUUAAGAAGAGGUGUCCAACUUGCUGUCAAUGCUGUUGCUGACCACUUGUCUAGCAUCUCAACCCCAGUCUCAGGCAAAGAAGCCAUCCAGAACGUAGCCACGAUCUCAGCCAACAACGACAAGCACAUCGGAGAGCUCAUUGCAACCAUCUUUGACAAGAUCGGCAGAGAAGGAACCAUCACUGUGCAAGAUGGAAAGACUCUGGAUGUUGAAGUCGAGUACGUAGAAGGAAUCAAGUUCGACAGAGGAUUCAUCUCACCUUACUUCGUCACCGACACCAAGAACCAAAAAGUGGAAAUGGAAAACCCUCUGAUGCUACUCGUUGACAAGAAGGUGAGCACUAUCCAGUCCAUCCUGAAGUACUUGGAACACGCUUCUCAACAGCAAAAGCCCAUUUUGAUUAUUGCUGAAGACGUAGAGAGCGAGGCUCUGGCCACUUUGGUCAUCAACAAGUUGAGGGGAGGACUCAGAGUGUGCGCUGUGAAGGCUCCAGGAUUCGGUGACAACAGAAAGGCCACCAUGCAAGAUAUUUCCAUUUCUACUGGAGCUACUCUUGUUAGCCAAGAUAUUGGAAUGACUCUAGAAGAUUCAGGAAUUGAGGUUCUCGGAACAGCCAAGAAGGUCAUCGUCACUAAAGAUGAUACUAUUAUUUUGGAUGGACAGGGUUCUAAAGAAGAUAUUGCUGAAAGAGUUGAAGCUAUUAAGCAAGAUAUCCUAAACACCACUUCUGAGUAUGCUAGAGAAAAGGCACAAGAAAGACUCGGAAAACUCACAGGAGGUGUUGCUGUCAUUAAGGUCGGAGGAUCCUCAGAAGUAGAAGUCAGUGAACUUAAGGACAGAAUUGAUGAUGCUCUUUGCGCUACUAGAGCUGCUAUUGAUGAAGGAAUUGUCCCAGGAGGUGGUGUAGCUCUCCUUAACUCCCUCAAAGCAUUGAAGGAACUCAAGGGAGAAAACUUUGACCAAAACAUUGGAAUCAAGAUCAUCAAAGAAGCAAUUAAGAUGCCAGCUAAGAUCAUUUGCAACAAUGCAGGAUUUGAAGGAUCUGUAGUUGUUGACAAGAUUCAACAAGAAGAGAACCCAAAUGUUGGAUUUGAUGCCCACACUGGUGAAUAUACUGAUUUAAUUGAGAGAGGAAUCAUUGACCCAACAAAGGUUGUAAGAACUGCAAUUAUUGAUUCCGCUGGUAUCGCUUCCCUCAUGAUUACCUCUGAAGCUAUGAUCGUCGAAGAGAAGGAAGCAUCCCCACCAGCCCCAGCAGGAGGAGCCCCAGGAAUGGGAGGAAUGGGUGGAAUGGGUGGCAUGUUCUAAAUGCUUCUA